CCUCGCGUCAGACCCGCGUACGACGCGCAACGCAACAACAACAAUCGUCGCGCGCGCUGCAGUGCUUUUGCGCUAUUGUAGCGUAGGCGUAUUAUUACAUCGUAUUGCUCUUAUAUGUACGCGGUUUUUCGGCCGACAACGAUCCGUCGCUACGACUGAAACGACGACGACCGCCAAGACGCAUCGCCACCGAAAUUGACCUAGUUAUUUUUCGCGUUGUUUUUACUCUCGGGUUUUUCGGGUUUUUCCGUUUUGGUCCCGAGCCCCCCUUCACCCCUCGCCAACGUCCGCCCGCUAACCGAUAAAUUGCUCAACAACCGCCGUCGUAUACCCUACACAUACGACACGGCCAUCGCGUGCCGGACCGAACGACGGGGCGCGUGCUGGUGCAGUGGCGUUGUCGUAUGUACACGCGCACACCGCAUACCGCAGUUUACCGGACCGGACCGUAGCCGCUCACCUGGACGUAUACAGCGGCACGCACUUCGAACGGGGCGCGUGCUGCGCGAUUUCGAUCGAUCACCAGGACACGCAUUAGCUCGUUAGAUGUAACUUUCCGGAUGACGAUUUGAGAUUGCGAUUGAAACCAUACUGCCUUGCCGCUAUGGACAUAACAUGGCCGAAGACUAUUGGCAUGCCGGUAGCAGAUUUAUGGUGCCAUUGUCGUCGUUGUUGUUGCUGUUGUUGUUAUCGGUAUGCGCUAGUGCUCAGAGAACGCUGUCGUCGUCCGGAUGUGACAAGACGUUUGUGAGCAACGACGGUCCGCAGAAUGGCACGUUCCGGGCUCCGGAGUUCACCAACGUCUACGGCGAGUCCAAAGUGUGCGUGUAUACGUUCGUGGCCGCCUCGCACCAGAAGGUCUUCGUCUCGUUCACCGCGUUCAAGCUCCGAAGCACACCUCCAGAAUGCGUGCACGAAUACGUGGACGUUUACUCGGAGGUUCAACAAGUCGAUACGGAGGAUUUGAUAAACUCGCCGUUUGGAGGUAGAUACUGUGGCCUAAUACCACCGAGGGACCGGACGUCGUUGUACAGAACGGUAGCGUUUAGCUUCUACACGGACAAGAAUACGACUUCGCCAUCGUUGUUUGAGGGCUAUUAUUCGUUCAGCAACGACUCCGCAUUCCAACUGGGAACGCCGUCGCCGAUCAGCCCGUGUUCGUUCGUCGUGAAUUCUAAUGUGAAAAAAAUAGGCACCAUACUCACGCCGACGUACCCGGGUAUAUAUCCCAAAGGAAUGAAAUGUACAUACUUAUUUCACGGACAAGCCAACCAGAGGGUGCGGUUAGAAUUCCGAGACUUUGACCUAUUUUACGGAGGCCCGCACUGUCCUUUUGACAUCGUAAGCAUUUAUGAUGGAUCAAAUGCUACAAGCCCUUUGAUCGGCCAGUACUGCGGUCAACAACGAAAUUUAGUGGUCUACUCUACUAAAAAUUAUUUAUACGUAACUUUCGACACACUUCAUCGGGCCGCAAACACACAGAACCGCGGUUUCAAAGGCAUGUUUGAAUUUAGUGAAAGUUUUGUCAAACUCGAUUUUAUCGGUAUAAACGACGGAGAACACGUCCGAGGCACCGAAUGCGAUCAAAAAGUGUUAAGUAAACGAACCUCGUCGGGAUACAUAUAUAGUCCUAACUAUCCGUUUCCUUACAUCCCAAAAAUCGUGUGCCGGUAUUUCGUUUACGGUCUUGAAGGUGCACAGGAUUUGGAAAGAGUUAAACUAGAAUUCCAAAAAUUCAACAUACCCAAAGCACAUCUCAAUGAACAGGAAUGCACGGACGGUUACCUAAAACUAUACUUGAGAGGUCAAGAAGCCAUGGAUCUUUAUGACAAGUUUGACUACGAAAUGUGUGGUGACGAGGCCGACGAAAAGGUAGUGACGAGUGAAGGCGCUAGACUAGCAAUGGUUUUCAGUAGUGGCGAACUACACGGUCGAGGAUUUAAAGCAAAAUAUACAUUUGAAACUGAAUAUCUUAUACCCGGAACGGCUGCACCGAACGGUACGUGUCAUUUUACUUACCGUAGCGAGUCCAAGAAGCGAGGAGACUUCAACUCGCCCAGACAUCCAGCCAACUAUCCCAACGGGCUCAACUGUACGUUUCUAUUCUUGGCUACGCCCAACGAACAGGUCACCGUGAUAUUCGAUCAGUUCAAAAUCAAAGUUGACGUAGCCAACAUUUCAUUAGUCCAAUUUGGGGUGUUUGUUUGCAAGGAGGACUGGCUCGAAAUAUAUAACAUUUACAAAGAUGGCACGGAGAAAAUCGUCGGUAGAUAUUGCGGUAUGACAGCCCCUGGACCGUUGGAAUCGAACCGGGGAGCGAUCGGCCUAAAGGUGCUACUGCACACAAACUCGGAAGGUGUCUCUAGUGGCUUUAAGGCCAGAUAUUUUUUCGACGAUGCCAAGCCGAUAUUCGGUGACUGCGGUAGUAAUAUCAGUAAUGCAGAUUCUGGAAAGGUGCAGAGUCCGAAUUUCCCGCUCAAAUAUACUGCACCGGAAAAAGGAAUGCCGAGCAGAACGUGCAAUUGGUUUAUAAACGUCAGGCCCAAUUACAAAAUACUGCUCAACUUUGUCUCGUUCUCGGUGGAAGGAGAGCCAGCAACUAGAGGUUGUGCGACGGCCGUCGUCAGACUUUGGCCGUCCGUAGAAGAACCGCCUUUGGAGUUGUGUGGUGAAAAGCCCAUAGAGUCGUGGCAAUUUCUAUCCGAAUCCAAUCAGUUCAGGAUAAGUUUUGUCGUGGCCGACAAAUCGGGUAACGGCACCGGUUUCGCAGCGACUUGGACCGAAGUAUUGGACAAUUCCGACUCGUGUCCGGGGUUUCAAUGCGAAAACUCGAGUUACUGCAUAUCCAAUCAGCUGAGGUGCAACAACGUGAUGAAUUGCGGGUCCAACGACGUGUCGGACGAGAUCAAUUGUGCGAUGGAACCGGAGGCCAUGGACAACGUGGUGCUGUCGGCGGUGCUGACCAUGUGCACAGUUCUGGCGCUGAUGCUGGCCGGGUGCCUGUGCUGCCGACGGCGGUCGGGCUCCGGGCGCCGCGAUCGGUUCCGGCGAGGCGUCGGUGGCGGCGCGGGCGUCGUGGGCGGCGGAUACAACCGGCACCGGCGGCACCACCAACACCACCAUCAACACCAUCACGAGCCCCGGCCGCCGUCGCUCCGGUCGCUCAGCCCCACGCCGUCGUCCGGCCAGCACGUGUGCGACGAACUGGGCGAGCGGUUCGCCAGCGUGGACAGCGUGUGACGUCCACUGCAGUACCGCCGCCGACGCCGCCACCGCAACCAACACCACCAACGCCGCCGCCGUCGCCGUCGCCGCCGAGACCGCGAUGACCACCUCGCGCACCGCCAGAGUCCUGCUCAUCCUCCUCCUCCUCCUCAUCAUCAUCAUCAGCAGCAGCAGCAGCAGCAGUAGUAAAAGAGUCCGUUUCGCCCAGGCCACGCUCCCCGUCGACUUCUACAGCAGUCGCGGUGGUCGAUCGCCACUGCGACCGCCCCUCAUCGCUCAACAGUCACCGCCGCAGUAUUAUAGGUACCCCCUGUACUAUAUAUAUUAUAAUAUGGUAUUAUAGUUUGCGCGUGGUGCGCGAAAAUUAGUCGUGUCAAUCCUAUAAACGUCAAACGGUUUUUAGAUAAUAAUGAUAUUAUAAUAUUGUAUAAUAUUAUGACAUUUUGUACGAAUUUUUUGUCAUUUCGUUUCUCGUGUUGGAAUCACGUGUUCGCGAUAACUUACGUACCUACAUAUUAUUAUAUAUAUAAAUAUAUAUAUGCUCGCCGCGUAUUGAGAUUGAUUUCCCCGGAGACGUUUUUCCGGAGAGGAUUUCGUUUUGUUUCGUUUUGUUUUUUUUUUUUUUUUAAUUUUGUCGUUCGUUUUGACUAAAACAAACCACCGAUAAUCACAUAUGAGGUCUGAAGACUUUCACACCCACAAGAGACGACCGUUAAGGUAACAACACUUCACUCUCUGCUCUAUUAUACGACUAGCAAAGUAAUAAUUUUCGUUUAAGUUUUCCAUCGCCUUCCCACCCGCCCCUCGUCGUGCCCACCCCACACAUAGUAUAAUAAUAAUUGAUAGUAUAAUAUUAUAUGUAUCGUUGUACAUUAUGACGUUGUACGAGAUAUUAAAUAUCUACUAUAAUAUACCUUCAUAAUCGUUCAACAUCAUCACGUCGAAUAUAUAGAAUAAUUUUCCUUAUAUUAUAAUACAAUUCGAUCAGCCGGGAACAACAUUUACGACAAUAUUAAAAUAUGACCUGCAGCUGCACACCUCCAGUAUUGCAUAUUAUCAUUAUAUAUACAAUAUAUACAUAUUACAUGCAUAAUAUACACUAACAAUAAUAAUAUGUUAAUCAGAUAGAAUCAGUGACUUGUUAUAUUACAAUAUUAUAAUACUGCAGGUAGGUAAUAUCGAAACGUAUCGAGUUUCUGUGUGUGCGUGCGCGUGUGUGAAACUUGCAAAGUUUUUUUGCUUCUUUUCUUCCGUUAUAUGAUGAUAAUGAUGAUGAUGAUGAUGAUGAUGAUGAUGAUGAUGAUAUGUAUAUAUAUAUAUAAAUAAUAUAGUAAAGACGACACUAUACCCCCCGCCGCCGCCUCGUACUCAUACAAGGGUGUGUGUUCUGGGUAAAUAUCGAUCAGUUUGUCGUUUCGGGGAGCGUCCUAUUCUAUAGCUCCAUCUAGCGCACUCGGUGAUGGUCGAGGAGGGCAGCUGAGCGCAUCGCGAAAAAUACAAAAUCGCUCGCAUCCCGUUCGGCCGUCGACGCCGCGUGUCGGUUUCCUUCCUAUAUAAUUUACUAAUAAUAAUAUAAUAAACCUACAAAAAAAUUAUACCUAAAUAUAAUAUAUUCAAUA